GGAAAGCACGUUUGUUGUUUGUUUUCCAGGAUACGCAAAUACUAGCCAGAAUGCCGCAAGAUACAAAAAGAAUAAACGGGCCAGAGGUUUCUAAAUCGUAUCUGGUCCACAUCAAAGCUAACCAAAACAAAACGUUCGAAGAUCGGUUACAGGAAGCAUUCAGUAAAGAUGGAAAGCGAAAAGACGGUCGAUUACCGCAAGAAAGUCGCAAGUACUAUGUAAAAAUUGGUGUGGUAUCAACGGCUAAAGGAUCCGCGUACGUCGAGUUGGGUAACACUAAGGCCAUCGUGUCCGUUUUUGAUCCUCGAGAAAUACCGAAACAGAGCAAAUUUAGCGGGCUCGGUGAGCUGUAUUGUGAUUUCAAGUUUUCACCGUUCGCCUCGGCACAGAGGAAAAACCCACAAACAGAUGCUCGCGAGCGUAGUUUGGCUACGGCGCUUACUAGUGCCCUGAACCCGUCCGUUUGCCGGCAUCUGUUUCCAAACUUGCAGAUCGAUGUGUUUGCGAACGUGCUGGAAGAUGACGGAUCGGCACUAGCCGUUGUAAUAACGGCUGCUGGCCUGGCGCUGGGCGAUGCCUGCAUUCCUAUGUUUGACAUAGUAAUUGCGACGUCGGCCGGCGUUCUUGGAAAUCGCAUUAUAGUGGAUCCGACGGCUGAAGAAGAAAGCUUAUGCAUCGACGGACAUACGGAAGUUAACCACGGUAUGGUGAUGCUAGCAAAGCUACCAACGCUGGACCAGGUUACGGAGAUACGGCAGUACGGAUAUAUGGACACCGAUACGGUUUGGAAAUCGUGUAUGCAAUUGAACGAAGCCUGCGGUAAUCUGGUACCCAUAGUGCAGCAGGUAUUGGCGACAAAAGUUAAGAAUCGGCUUCAGGAAAUAGCAUUGCAAUGCGACGAGGAAGACGAAGGUGAAGAAGUUAAAAAGACAGAUGAUGCCGAAAAUGACAACGAAGAUAGUUGA